UAUUACAAUACAUACAUACUACAUACAUUGCAUACAAGCGAUAACAAAUAAGAAAUGAUACAAAUGACACAAAUGACACAAUUGCACUUCAUCGUCGAUCAGGCUUUGUUUAGCGAAGCCAAUUCAUCAUAACUCACAUCGUUUGGUCCUUUGGGCGUUUUGAUCCGGACCAACCAUGAACCGAUUCUCGUCUCUCCCUCCCGAGCUUCGGCUCAUGAUAUGGCGGUUCGCCGUGGACAUGGCGUAUGAAUCGAGGCCUCCAUGCGUCUGGUCAUUGGUCUAUCGUGCUCCUUAUCUCAGCAUACUCUUGGAUGGCGUCCCUUUGCCGAUGACCACCGAGGCCGUCUUUCAGGUCAACCGAGAAUCACGCCACGAAGCCGUCAGCCGAUACUUGCUGUUCAAGACCCGUGAUAGCCCUAAGAGGAUGCGGGUGAGAGCGGAUGUUGACGUCUUCAUCUUAGAUGUCGGUGUGCUUGAUGAGAUGGCUUGCGCGCCUGAAUGGCAAUCUCAAUCGCAAUCGCCUCACUCUAUUAGAAACCAUCAUGUUGUUGUUUGGCCGCCUCCCUUGGCUGCAAUCUACAGCCAAUCUUGGCACAAUCUGGCCUUCGUAAGGAAGAUCCUUCUACCUAGCGUAUGCUUCACCUAUCUGUACCGUGACCAGCUCGCUCCUCUGCUCGGCCUCCCUUGCUUACAUACCGUCUACCUGGAUUUCGGAUCCCCCCUGCGCAGUGCCGCGAGGGACUACGCCGUGAAAAUGUUCCGAGCCAAGGUCGACCUACCGGGAUUAGCUAGAAGAACGCCUGGUACGACCAGUACUUCCAGUACUUCAAAUACGGCCAGUACGACGCGUCGUGAUGAAUUCCACGCCUGGUAUCAGGAACACUCGGACCUCUUAGUCGGCCCCGAGCUGAAACAUACAAGCGGCACCGACCAGAUGAGUGAGCUAACGAAAGCCCUUUUCCUUAAAUGGCAACGCAUCUUCCUGGACGAUGUUUUGGCAGGGUGGGAACCGUUCGCGCGGAAAGGCGUUGCUGGUAUCCUGGUUUCUGAGCUUCAUUACGGCCUGCAAACGGAAAUCUAGUCCGGCGCCCAGACCAGAUGACCUUGCCGAAUCCUUGGGCGAAAGGGGACAAGGGACACCCUUGGAGAGGUCCUUGGAUCCUUGGAGGCCCUUGGGGCCAUUGGAGCCCGGGGCAUGGGUGAAAAUCACCUAGCCCUGCAGGCGAUAGCGCCGCGGCUCUCACCCAAAGGCCAACAUCAUAUCUGACGGCUUUUAUGGGCUCCUUAGCGCCAUCGGCUCCCACUUAAGCAGGGGAUUGUCGACGGUAAUCAUACGCGGUCAACGUGGAGUGACGAGGGGUAGCAUCUGCAGCCAGCCUUUUCUGGAAUAAUCAGCCCAACAUUGACGUCUUUGGAAACAGUGGACACUGCCUACAGGUUUUCUCACCGGGGCGGCCCAGGCUUCCUCUGGUUAUUAUUACCUGGCCUGCAAUUUG